GCCGAGGAGAGAGAGAGGCGGGUUGAGAGGAGGAGGGUAGCGAGGCAGUAGCAUCGUCAUCUUGUCUGGUCUCUCUCUCGCUAAGCUCUGCCUACCUGUCGACCUUGGGAAGGCAAAAUUGUUGCGAGGCUGGGAGCGAUGGAGCGGGACUUCCUGGCCGCGAUCGGCAAGGACGAGCCGCGGCGGCAGCAUGCCGAGGAGAGGAAGGAAUCAGAUUACUUUGGUGGAGGAGGAGGAGGUGGAGGAGCGCCGGCGAUGGAUUGGUCCUUCGCGAGCAGAGCCACCGGCGCGCCGGCGUUGAUGUCGUUCAGGUCGGCGGCGGCGAGGGAGGGGCCGAGGGAGCUCGCGUUCCCCCACUUCUCGGCGUUCGACGGCGCCAAGAAGCAGCAGGCCUCUCACGCCCUCGCGACGCAGAAAUCUUUUGGUGCCGACAGCCACGACGUCCCGCAGUACGCCGCCGCCGUGCACGGUGCUUACCGCGGCGGCCAGCCGCCGGCGCCGGCUCCACAUGUCCUGAACGGGGCGAGAGUGAUUCCGGCCUCGUCGCCGUUCAACCCGAACAAUCCGAUGUUCAGGGUUCAGAGUUCGCCUAACCUCCCGAACGUCGUCGGCGGCGGCGGUGGCGCGUUCAAGCAGCCGCCUUUCGCCAUGAGCAAUGCGGUGGUCGGAUCUACGGUCGGUGUGUAUGGAACAAGGGAGGCGCCGAAGGCGAAGUCGGCGCAAUUAACCAUCUUUUAUGCUGGUUCUGUGAAUGUGUUCAACAACGUCUCUCCAGAGAAGGCUCAGGAACUCAUGUUCUUUGCUAGCAGAGGAUCUCUUCCAAGUGCACCCAGCACCGUUGUUCAUAUGCCAGAGGCACAUGUCUUUGCCCCGGCAAAAGCCACUGUAACUGAGGUUUCGCCUACAAAGCCGAUGCUAGUUCAGAAACCGCAGCUUGUUUCGUCUCCCGUGUCAAACAUUUCCAAACCGAUCUCUAUCGUGUCGCAAGCCGCAAGCCUCCCGAGGAGUGCCUCGAGCUCUAACGUCGACUCCACGGCGCCAAAAUCGUCAGUUCCAUUGGUUGUUCCUCGCACAAGUUUGCCUUCCUCAGCUGAGCCUGAAACGCUGGCCACUACGACAGCUGCAGCUAUUAUGCCAAGAGCUGUUCCUCAAGCGCGGAAGGCGUCCCUUGCCCGAUUCUUGGAGAAACGAAAGGAAAGGGUGACAACUGUCGCGCCAUAUCCAUCGGUGAAGAGCCCGCUAGAGAACAGUGACACAAUUGGGAGUGCCAAUGACAACAAAUCGUCGUGCACGGACAUCGCCCUCUCAAGCAACCGCGAGGAAUCUUUGUCAUUAGGACAGCCAAGGACCAUCAGCUUCUGCGUGGAGUCCCCCAGUACAAAGCUACAAAUCUGAUCUGUUGAUUGUCCAGUGUUCAUAGAUUCGGCCAGUCUGACUGAUGCAAAGCCACAAGAAUCUUCUGCAUUCAAGCGAGGAGAGGGGCUUGGGAGAGAAAAGAGAGGCAUAAUAUAUGUUAUUGAUGAUGUUCUUGUUCUUGUUGCUGUUUAUGAUGUGUUUCACAUGGUUAGUUCGCUUAAAUGCUGGUCUAGCUGGUGCAACCCCCCCCCCCCCCCCCCAACUAACAAGAGGAGUUGCCACUUGCAAACUCUUGAUUAUUUUUUGGUUGCCCUUGCGCCAUUGUAUUGCAGAAAGAAAAUAUGUUAAAUUUUAAUAGUAUCAGAUUAUAGGCUUACAAAUUUUGCGCCAUGUCGCGCAGAAACUGUACUAUUCUUGUUUCUUGUACUAUGAACUUACAAGCUGCAGAAUGCAAGGAUAUAUGUUGCAUACUUUUGCUAA